AGGUACAUACAGAGUACUUGAUAUUUCUGUAAACUGAAGUAAUGAGCUGUUCAUUUGGUAUUCGCUGUUAACGCGUUUCACAAAUUCCGAUGCCAUUCAGUUGAAUGAAGAUGGCUUAUUCCAACCGAUACCCUACGCAGCUGUCCAAAAAAAGAAUUGUGUAGUGACCGCGGAAUAAUAUUAUAGAGAACGCUAAAGAGUGAUGCGUCUAGUAUCUAGAUUUAGUAAAAACUAAACGGUCUCACUUGGCCACUGAUACGCAUUUGACUAACUGCGCGUCAAAUUACGGAUUAAAUGCUCAUCACACAAUUUCUGUAAAUGCUGUAAAAUACUGCAUCAGAUUCAGCUGUCCAUAAGAAUUACCGCAUUACUGCAAACGGGACAGUAAAUUUUAAUUCUGAACACUGAAUAGUUUGGAAUAAUAAGUUUAUUUUGGAACUUGCACAAACAGAUUACUAGAAGAUAAAUCGGAUCAUUGUGCUCUGUGCGUUUAUGGAGCUCAUGGAACUUGUGAUAACUGCUUCCAGAUGGUGGUUAUGGUGGAAGAAGUGGACGUAUCGGGAACGCUCCCUUUGCUGUUUGUUAAGCGUAGCCGUCGCGCUGUUAUGUGCGCUACUCAUUACCCUUAUCGUGUUAUUUUCAAGAGAUAGUAAUUCCAGAUGGAAUGGCGAUAUGCUGAGCAGUAUUCGUUUUCACAAAGGCCCAUCGGAUGAUGCGGCUGUUGUGCACUUGGGCAGUGGCUCCGAAAGGUUAUGCAUUUCUGAAGCCUGUACGAAAGCAGCUAACGGAAUAUUGGAAGCUAUGGAUCAAGAGGUUGAUCCUUGUGAAGAUUUUUACACUUAUGCCUGCGGAGGCUGGCUGAAGAAGAAUGUGAUACCGGAAGAUAAAAGCCGGUAUAGCGUCUUCAGUCAAGUGAAAGAGGAACUGGAACUCACGCUGAAAAGGAUAAUGGAAUUGCCAGUCCGGUCGGAGGAGUGGAAACCCGUCGCACAGUCCAAGAAGAUGUACAGAGCCUGCAUGAACGAAACGGCCAUUGAAGACCGUGGAGGUCAGCCUGUGAUUGAUUUGCUGAAGAAGUAUGUGGACUUCCCUGUGCUGGAGCAUCCAGUCGGCAGUCAGACGGCCCGGAAUUUUGAGAAGACCUUUAACUGGGUGGACACCGUCGGCAAGCUGCGACGUGAUGGCGGCAUUUACUUGAUCAACAUGGGAGUGUGGGCAGAUAGCCGCAAUACGACAAGACAAAUCAUCUACAUAGAUCAGCCAGGCGUUGGUAUGCCGAGCACAGAAUAUAUGUUGCGUGGAGAAGACGAUAGAUAUGUGAAAGCGUACUACACUUUCAUGGUGGAAACAGCCGUCCUCUUGGGCGCCGACCGAUCGGUGGCGGAGAGGGAUUUUUCAGAUGUGCUACAUUUCGAAAUCGCCAUUGCGCAGACGAAAACCCCGAGGGAACAGCGCCGCGAUGCUACCCGCCAGUACAACAAGAUGAGCCUGCACGCGCUACAGAACCGCACCGAUCCCGGUUUGGAUUGGCUGCGCUACUUCAACCUGUCCAUGCCCGACGACGUGGAGCCGUCGGUGACCUGGGAGGAGUUAGUGAUCGUCAACGAAUUGGACUACUUUAACAAAUUCCUGAAGCUGAUGCACAACACCACCCAGCGCACCGUGGCCAAUUAUAUUGCUUGGCGCGUGGUGCAGUCGGUGGUGUGGGAUAUGGACAGCCGCUUCCGGGAGGUGUACAACAAGUACCGCAACGUCUUGUAUGGAACAUCCAUGGAGAAGGCACGCUGGCGGUCGUGUGUGGGCGUGGCUACUGGGUAUUUUGAUAUGGCGGUGGGUAAACUGUACGUUGAGGACAGCUUAAAGAAUGGCAGCCGAACGGAGGCUGAAGCGAUGAUUGAUGAUAUUUCUGAAGCGUUUAAUGAACUGCUCGAUGAAGUGGAGUGGAUGGAUGUGGAGGCGAAGGCGGUGGCGAGAAAGAAAGCGCAAGCGAUUAAUCGCAAGAUUGCUUAUCCUGAUAUGAUCCACAAUCAGACGGCCCUGGAAGAUCAUUUCAAGGAAAUGAUAGCUUCGGAAUACGACCACUUCGAGAACGUCCACCUGAACAGUCGGGCGUGGGCACAAAAGUCCCUGCGCGAAUUACGGAUACCAUUUGAUAAGAACAAAUGGGCGGCAACACCGGCGGAAGUGAAUGCCUUUUACUCAAUUGAUUACAACAGCAUAACAUUCCCUGCCGGCAUCCUUCAGCCACCGUUUUUUGAUAAAGACAGGCCGAAAUCCAUUAACUACGGAGCCAUCGGAAUGGUAAUCGGCCAUGAAAUCACCCACGGCUUCGAUGAUCAGGGCCGGCAAAAGGAUAAAGACGGCAAUCUGCGUGACUGGUGGCCGGCCAGCACGGUGCAGCGCUUCAAGAACAAAGCCAGCUGCAUUAUUAAGCAAUACGAAGAGUUCUACGUUCCCGAAGUCAACAUGACCCUCAACGGCGUAAAUACGCAGGGGGAGAAUAUUGCGGACAAUGGCGGCUUAAAACAGGCGUAUCGAGCCUACCGCAAGUGGAAGGAGCGCACACUCCCAGCGGGCGGCAGCGAACCGCGUCUCCCGGGUCUGGCACAUGUCAGCCAUGAGAAACUGCUGUUUCUAUCGUAUGCGCAUAUUUGGUGUGGAUUAUCGCGUCCGGAUGCUUAUGCGAACGAUAUUCUGUCGGGUGUGCACAGUCCCGACAAAUACCGGGUCACUGGACCAUUACGAAAUCUGAAAGAAUUCUCUGAAGCUUUUCACUGCCCUGAGAAAUCGCCGAUGAACCCGCCGGCUGAGGAGAAAUGCCAAGUGUGGUGAUCGAAAACUGAAGAGUAGACUAUGGAUCCCUUGGGGACGUGAAAUGUACUGCCAGAAUGUUGCCUUACACCUUCAUUUUUUCUAUACUCACGAAACACUGUUUAGCACUAUAUAAAGCCAUUUGCAGUACCCGCGGCAACUGGACUUAUUUUAAGUAACUGCAAUAGCAAAUUUUGUCAAGGUCUUUGCAACAUUAAGUUUUUUAACCAAGUGUAUACUUUAUCCCUUACAUUGCAUGUUAGAUGGUUUUACGUUCUCUUCGUUUGUUAAUGAUGAAAUUUCCUUGUUUUCACCAUAGAUUGUUUUUGUCAUUUUUAUUGCUUCAGUAAAAAUUAAAACGGCGU